UAUCUAUAUUUAUAUUAGCUGAAAUUUCUUUGUUCUUUUCUACGUUUAAAACGUCUCCCGCCUCAAUUUUAUAAGUGGUUGCAUUUUUAGCCAUAGAUAGCAGAAGUAGACAGUGGAUAUGGUAAUGCCAUCUUCAAGGAAUUUGCUAAACAAAAUUUUUUCGCUGACGCACAAUUUCUGUCGCUUGACAGAAGUUGUGUAUAUGACGUUAAAAAAAAAGUCGCGUGAAUGAUAGCGAUUUUAUAUACGUUUUAUAAAAAAAUAUCUCGAACGAUUUUAGUGUAUAAUUCUAUUUACAAACAAGAAUUAUGCUCUAUAGUUUACGUACAGUAAACAUGAGUCUCGCGAGAUAAUUUUAAUGACUAUAUUCCUAAAGCGAGCAUGUGCAGAAAGAAAGUUCAAAGUGACAGACAAUUUGGCAACGUGGAUUACACACAACUUACAGAAACCGAUAAUGGUUUCUUUGAUUCACAAUUCGUAAGUCCACCAGUGAAGAUACCAUGGAAGGCUAUUACAUUAGCGGCUCUUCUAUUUGUUGGAGGAACCAUUAUGCUCAUUAUGGGAAGUUUGAUUGUGAGCGGACACAUAGAUUCAAAAUAUUCGGAUCGCAUGUGGCCAGUGAUAAUUUUAGGGGCCUUGAUGUUUAUACCAGGAGCUUAUCAUAUGAGGGUAGCUAUUUUAGCAUAUCAAAAAGUACCUGGCUAUUCUUUUGAUGAUAUACCUGAGUUUGAUUGAAUGAACAAUUAUGUAUAUAUGCACAUAGUACUUAUUUAAAUAAUUUUUAUUGAU